AUGACCAUUUUAAUAAAUAUAACCGAUACUAACACAACAAAAGAACAAAAAGAUGACCAAUUAAAUAAUGAUGAUUACAUUUUAGAAGAGAAUCCAAUAGCCUCCUCUCCAAACGAUCAUCAACUUGUUCGUGCCACUACAGAACCAAUUCUACACAAUAAUACCAAUAAUUCAAAACGGCGAUUAUCACAGAUUUUUAUUCCUCCUUCAUCAUCAUCGCCAUCGUUGUCGUCGCUGUCACCACCUGCUGAUAAACAUGUAGUUGUUAAUUCAGAAAACAAUGAAAACCUUCUACAAAAAAGAUCAAAAACACUAAGUAUGAAUAACAUAUAUUCAUCCAAAGAGGAUCCUAACAACAAAUAUAGACGAUUGUCAUUGCAUUUACUUAAAUGGAUGGAUAAAAAAAUCACCAAUAACAAUAAUAGUUGCUCUAGUAGUAACAUCAUAUAUACAAUUCAAGAUUAUGAUGAAUCCUCGGAUGCAAGGUUUAUGGAAAAUGAUUAUGAGAAUACAACAAGAAUAAAAAAUGUUUUGGAUGAUAAUUUUAUAAAUGAUAAUAGCUCUAGUAAAGAUGAUGAUUCCAUUUAUACUUCCAUUGGUUUUAGUAGAUCUUCUUCAUUUUCAACUAGACAUUCUAUGGAUGAUUCAAUAAAGGUAUCAUCAAAUUCAAUUAUUAUCGAUAUUGAAGCAACCGAUAAUGUUAUGGAAUUUGAUGAAAAUGCGAAAGAAAAUAGUAAUGAUGGUCCAAGGUUAUCUGGAGAAACAAUUCUUGUUAAUACUGAUAUACUUCCUAAUAAACUGAUUGAUUUAAUCUACACAUAUCAGGAGAAGGGGUUAAUAUCUCCAGCAGAAAAAAAUGAAAGAUAUAUUGAGCUAGAUUUUGGUUUGAAUGAAGUUUUCAAAUUCAAAAGGUCGAUUCAUCACGGAGUGAAUUCAUUAAAUUUGGAUGUUUCACUUCUUGGAGAUACAAAUAAAGAUUAUCAAAGCUUUGUUCAACAAGAAAUAGAUGAAUCGUUGCGCAGAUGUGAUACUUAUAUUCAAGAUGCAACUAAAUUCUUAGAAACAUAUAGGGAAAAACUUUCUGUUAAGGAAAAUGCUAUACAAAAAAAUGAUUAUUACUCAUUGGAAUCAAAUAAUUUUAUAAUUGCUAAACAUUCUAAAACAAAAGGUCAAUCUUUAUAUGAAUUAAAAGAUAGUAUUGAUAUAGGAGCAAAUUCUUUAAAUGAUAAGCUUGAUAAUAUCGACAAUGUCUUUUCAAAAGAAAUGAAAGAAAUGACCUUUGAUGUCAAUAAUGAUUACUUUCAUGAGUUGAAAAUACUUGAAGACGAAAUUCAGCUUUUAGACACUGAAAGAGGAAAAUCAUCUUGGGAAGAUUAUUUUUAUUUGAUAAUGUCAUAUGUUCUUACAGGUUAG